AUGUUGUUGCCUUCUUCGAUCAGACCCUCAGCAAAGAUAGCAAAAAGUUUAAGCGCUCUUGGUUUCGAUUCUCCGCCUCCAGGUGCUUCAGAUUGUGCAAGCACUCAUGAAAGAAUCUUCAUUGAAGGGAACAGUGAAGGAUAUAAAAAAAGGCUGUUAAUGAAACAACUAACAGAAGUAAACAGCAAAAAGUCGUUUUAUCAUUAA